UUCUGUACUUACACUUGCCCAAAAUGGAAGAGACUGACGACAAAAAUGCGAAAAAAAUCGAAAAAUGGCUCAAUACUCUGAACAAUUUGACGUCACAGGAUGAAUUAAUUACGAUUUGCAAGGACAUUUAUCAAAAUUUCGAUGCACAAAAAUUCCAUUCCUCGGAGUACAAUGCUCUGAACCACGCAUUACUUCAGCACUAUGGCCGUGCUUUCGACUUGAUAACCAUUAAAAAUCUCGCAAAAUCACACGCAAAAGUGUCCAUCACGAGCAUCGACGUGUUACUUUCGCUCCAAGCCAAAUUAGACAGCUACGAAAAAGUCAUCAUGCUUUACGGUUUCUUCAAUAGUUGCAAGCAACUCGAUAAAAAUGUCGCUCGAACGGAGAUGUUUGCGCUGUGUUUCAACUUGCUCAUCGAAAGUGCGAGAAAAACCAAAGAGGAAGAGAACGAAUAUUUGUUCGUGUUGUCUGUGGAGAAUUUAAUCUCGUAUUUCAAGUAUUACGGAGCCGAAACGGAGUCGCUGGACAACUUGGGGCGUGUUUGGGAGAUGAUUGAUUUGCAUUUAGAGACAAGCAUUCAAGGAGUUCGGGAUCGAUGUCUCAGUUUAUUCGCGAAAUUAGUCAAAAACGACACAUUUGCGAGACAAGUAUUACUUCCGUCACUCUUGAAACGCCCCUGGAACGACCGCAAUAAGUUUUAUUUGCUCGCCGAGUUGCUGGAUGAGCAAAAAUACUACACUUUACAAGGUCUGGAAGAGCCAAAUUUAAAAAAUGAUCAUUUUUUCAAGGGAAUUUGCUUGUCACUCAAAUAUAAACAUCUCUGUAGUGCCGGUCAAGCUGUCAUAAAAGUACUUCUGAAGCAAGAAAUCGCCAAAUUACACGAAUUAAUCGCCGAAAUCCUCAUUUCCUCGAAUUUUACGGAGAAAAAGUACAUGGUAGAGCAUUGGUGUGCCAUCAUGAAUGGUCGCGACAAGGAACUUGUAUUCAAAAAUAUCGCUUCUCUCGUCGAUUUGGACUCUCUGGUGCAAAAAGCGAAGUUAGAACAUGAAGCUUUUGUGAAUUUAGUGCUGAUUCGAUCGAUUUUCGCGAAACAAACUGCUGAAAUGCAUGCCACAGUUGAUCCUUUGAUACGAGAUAAAUGGGCAAACUUGUCAGGAACGCGUUUUAUUGAAGUUCACGUGUACGAAAUUAUGGUUGAAAAUCUCGCCACAGACCUCGGGAGCUUGGAUUUCCUCAAAAACUUCAUAACAGUCCGUUACGAGGUCUCAGACUCGUCAUUCCGUCAAAAUUUGAUGAAAAAACUACCACAAAUGCUGCUGUAUCUUAUGAAAAUCGGCCUUGAUAACGUCGAAGUGCGACAAUUUUUGCUAUUUUUGCAACAGGAAAUAUUUUUGCCGGGCAUCCAAAGUGACGUGUAUCAACCACAAAUAUUCGCCGUCAAACUUUUGCAAGCGAUUUGUGGAUGUCUCUUCGAUUCGCGGCACGUGCAAGACGGAAAACGACCAAUAAUCGAUGAAAAAACGACAAAACGGCUCAUCGAGGAAAAUUUAUGGAACAUUCAUGACGAAACAUAUCACAAACUCCUGAUCUCCUUGGCCUGCAACUCGCACUUUGACGAUGUUCGGGCAAUAACUUAUGAGCUUAUCACUAAAUACAUGACGGUAGAUUGCACGACGCCUGAUGACUUAUACGAGCAGGAAUAUCCGCAUUAUCACACAAAGUUGCUGAUCAAAAAGUACGGCGGAAAUGAUGAAAAAUUAAUUUUAGCGGAGCAUUUUAAACACGCACUUGAGGUACUUCAGACUUCGUUGCAGCAUAUGAAAGACGAUCCGCUGGCGGCGGUGAUUCAUCACGUGAAUUUGUACAAACCGCUGGAUUGUUUGAACGAAUAUCUGAACAUUGAGGCGGAUUUGACCUUGGAACAGUUUGAAAAUGACGGAGAAUUGAUCGAAGUUGUGAAAUGUGUGUCUGAUGUGGUUAUUGGAUUGAUUAAUUCGAAGGAGCAAGGCUUGGAUUUUAGUAAAUUGGAUGAAAAUCUUGAAUGUUUGGUUGGGCAAUCGAAUGCCAGGUCGGAAAAUAUUGACAAGGACAAGAAAUUGUUGCUGCAUUCGUUCUGGCAUACUCUCAGGGCUUGUUCAGAAUUGGCCUCCAAUUACGGGAUUUAUGUCAUCAAAAAUCGUCAACAGUACACCAAACCGCUAAAAAGGCUCCUUUUCUGCUCCGACAUCAUCAUCAACAUUCUCGUGUUCUGCUGUCACAAAGGCUCCAUUGAAUCAGCUUCCAAUGCAAUCGGUCGUUUAUUCAAUUAUUUCACCAAAAACUGGAUCAAACAACUUCAGUCCUUCUCCGAGGAGGAAAUUGAGAGCAUCUCCAACCCAUACAUGAACAAAAUCCUUCGCCCCCUGGAUAAAAUUCAAACUUUGGAUAUUCGUUGCAAUCGCGGAUUAAUUCUGCUUCACAUGCAAGUCCUCAAGAACGACAUGACAAUCGGGCGAACGAUGCGGCAACAAUGCUUAAAAAUCUUCAUCGAACGUCUCACAAAUUUAUCAGAAUCGGAUGAACCAAAGCCAAUGGUUCCUUUUUUGAUUUCCUUGUUCCUGCAUGAUCUCAGCAAAUAUUUUAACGACACAGAAUUAACGGACGAUGUCAUUCCCUUUUUGGAACAAAUCAUUCUCAUAAGCUUCAGUUACAUCAGAUCUAGUUAUUGGAACAUCAAAAAUGCGAGUUUGACACUUUUUGGGUCUCUCAUACCGAAAAUCAUGAAACAGAAGCCAAAAACUGACAACAAUAGUGAUGCUUGGCAACACGUGGUUUACAUUCAUUUGGAAGAGCUCGUUCGAAAUAUGCCAAAAGUCAAUUGUCACAUCUUGAGUGAACUUCAAUCCAACCUCCCAACAUCGAGUGCCGUCUUGUAUUUGGAAUUUUUGUCAAAUAUCGAGGUGAAAAACCCCGCAGACAGUCGAAUUACGGAAGUUACCAAUGCCUAUCGUGCUCGUUUUUGGAAAAUGUUGGGAAAUAAAAACGACAAAGUUCGUCGUCUCGCUGCCCUUUGUUUCGCUCAAUUUCAUCAUUAUCACGACGAAAUACCUCGUGCUGUCAUCGCCUACAUUCCAUACAUUUUUGCAUCACACACGACAGAAAAUUUCAAACACGGCAUAAUUCUCGCCAUCGAUUGUCUGAUGAAAAAAUUGCAAUGUCACUACCAACACAUCCAUUGGAACGACAAAGCAGCGUUCGAUUUUACGCUCAAAGAGACGUUCAAUCGUUCAUUUCGGCAUGACGAUGCUCCAAUCAGUUACUAUACUCGAUGUUACUUGUUGCGACUCUUGUUGUCGUUGGGAUUUGGGGUCGGCGAUGCCAUUGUGCGAUGGAUCAUGUACGAAAGAGCGGCGAGAAAUUGCUUCGGGUUUCACGAAUGGACAAAUUUGGUAACGGAAAUUCUGGAAAAUGAGAAAUCCAAUGAUGAUAUCGAGAAGGAUGUGUCUAUGGAUGAAAUUAGUAUUAGUUUUAGUGAAGCCUAAGUGUCACACACAUCAGUGAACGAUAUUAAUUUAUCUAGUCAAUCACUUGAAAAGGAAAAAAUAUUUUUUAAAUUUUGUUCAUAAAAUUUAAAUUUUGACAGAAAAAAAU